UUUCUUAUAUUUAGAGGGCAAAUUUGUCAUUCAAUUGAAUCAAUUGAUAUGGAUAGAUAACCUUCUUUACUCCUUUGUGUUACUAUUCUAAGCAUCAAACGCUUUUCAAUUAUUUUAAAUCGCGCGAAGAGUAGAUAGUAGAAUCAGAAUGGCAAAAGCUGAGCUAUCAGAUUCAGAAUUGGAUGAAGGCGAAGAAGAAGAAGAGAGUAACGUAGGGAAGCAGCAGCAACAACAGCAGGGAAUAUCAAAUUAUGAAAAACAGAGGCUUUCAAGGAUCGCUGAAAACAAAGCAAGAAUGGAGGCUUUGGGUCUUCACAAAAUAUCCUCUUCUUUAAUUGUUUCUGUUCACAAGUCGAGUCAUCAUCAGAAAUCUGUUCAGCAUAAAGGGAGAAGUAAGGUCGUUGAUGAUGACGACGAUUACAGGCCUAAUGAUGAUGAUGCGGACGACCAAGAUGAUGAUGAUGAUGGUGACGACUUUGGCGACGAAGAUGAAGAUUUGGUGGACCAGUCUUCUUCAAAGUCACGUAAAAACAAGGUUAAGAGUAAAGUCUCAAAGCCUAACAAGAAAGUUUCCGUUCAAAAACAUUUCAGCGCUGUAGAUUACAUUGAUGAAGAUGAUGAUGAAUUAAUGCAGGCAAUUUCUCUCUCAUUACAAGAGUCUGCAAAAGAUGCAAUCCUUAAAGAAAGAAAGGAAAUUGCUAGCAAUCUAGAAGAUGCAGGGAGGAGGAAGAGGAAAAAAUCGCAGUUAAAUAAUCGGGUGCAGAUGACUGAGGAUGAAUUGGUCUUACACUUUUUUCAGUUUGAUGAAGAAGGAAGCGGGUUGCUAACAGUAAGAGAUCUACAAAGACUAGCAACAGCUCAUGAUUUCACAUGGACGGAUAGGGAAUUGGCUGAUAUGAUACAUUUAUUUGAUAGUGAUGGAGAUGGGAAGCUAAAUCUUAAUGAUUUUCGUAAGAUUGCUGGCCGCUGUAACAUGAUACAAGGGUCUGAAAAUUCUUGAUGAGUAUGGAAGAAUGACCUAUCAAUGUAGUAUGAAGUUUCCAGUUUCUUCUAUGUUUUAUGCCUAGUGGAUGAAGCGAAUCGUCCUGCUUGAUGGGCUCCUUGUGGCAUGGAACAAUUUUGUGAUUUCUCAAACUCAAAGUAUUAGACUUUGCUGGCAGGCUACCACUGCAAGCCGUCUCAGACAAGGGAUGUCAUAUUGACCCGACCACCUUUUGUUGAUAUGCAUGUUUUAGGAUCAGUCGUCUGUUACAAAAUGAUUAAAUGAUUGCACGAUUAACUUUAGUUUGGUUCCCAAGCGGGAAACGAUUUUUCUAUGAUUCCUUUGUAUAUUAGGCUUUGUGCGGCUAUAUUGGAUUGUAAAAAUCAGAUUAAAGGUCUA